GGCUGACACCCCACCCAUCCCCAUUUCCGCGGCGCUGAUUGGCUGUUUCCCCCAUCAAUCUCCCCGUUGCUACGCAACACCCCCAACCAGCGACAACAUGGCGGCGCCCAGCAGCGACCCCUCAGCAUCCGCGGCGCUCUCGGAGCUCACGGCGCUGCUCUCCCCGUCCUCCCCCGCCGCUCCCGGAGCUGCCGAGGCCGCCCUGGCGCUGUCGGGCAGCGCCUCGGGCCGGGCGCUGCUUGCGGGACACCCCGCGGCCUUAGCGGCCUUGUGCGGCCUUGCCGCCUCGGCCUCGCGUGGAUCGCAGCCCGCCUUGGCCGCGCUGGUGAACGCGUCCUCGGAGCCCGCCGCGCUGGAGCCGCUGCUCCCCGCCGUUCCUUCGCUGGCCGAGCUGCUGCCCAGCUCCGGGGCGGCCUGCGGGGUGCUGGCCAACCUCAGCCGGGACGAGGCGGCGGCGCCGCGGGUGCUGCGGGCGUUGGGCCCCGGAGCGGGGCCGCUGCUGCGGGCGCUGAGCGCGGAGCGGCCGCCGGAGGAGCUCGGAGCGCUCCUCUGUAACAUCAGCCGGGCCCCCGAGGGACGGGCAGCGCUGCUGGAGCCCUCGGGGCGGGCUCUGCGGCGGCUCCUGGCCCUGGUUGGGAGCCCAAAUUCGGCGUCGCUGCGCAGAGGAGCCGUGGGAGCGCUCAGGAAUUGCUGCUUCCAGCACGAGAACCACGAGCGGCUGCUGAGCCCCGAGGUGGACGCGCUGCCGCCGCUGCUGCUGCCGCUGGCCGGCCCCGAGGAGCUCCCCGAGGAGGAGAUGGAGCAACUUCCCGUGGAUCUGCAGUACCUCCCCCCGGAGCACCGGCGCGAAGAGGAGCCCGAGAUCCGCAAGAUGCUGCUGGAGACGCUGAUGCUGCUGGCGGCCACCAGGGCGGGGCGGCAGCAGCUGCGGCGCCGCGGUUCCUACCUGGUCCUGCGGGAGCUGCACGGCUGGGAGCGGCACCCCGAGGUGCUCGGCGCCUGCGAGAAGCUGAUCCAGGUGCUGAUCGGGGAGGAACCGGAGGCGGCCAUGGAGAACCUCCUGGAGGUGACAAUCCCACCGGAGCUGCAGCGGCGCUUCACCCAGAUGGACGCCCAGGAGGAGGAGCACAGGAGGAAGGAGCGGAUGGACACGGACGGGUGACACCAGAACGUCACCGGAACGUCACCAGAACGUCACCGAGAGGGACAACGGGGUGGCUUUGUGGUGGCAAUGGCGCAGUGUCCCCAAAAAGCCACCGCGGUGACCAUGGGGUGUCCAUAAAGAACCAUCUUGGUGACAAUGGGAUGUCCCCAAAAAGCCACCACGGUGGCAAUGGGAUGAUGUCCCCAAAGGCCACCACGGUGACCAUGGGGUGUCCAUAAAGAACCAUCGUGGUGACAAUGGGGUGUCACCAAGGGCCACCACAGUGACCAUGAGAAGUUCUCAAGGGCUGAGUGGUGACAAUGGGACAAUGUCCCCAAAAAACCAUUUUGGUGACAAUGGGACGAUGUCCCCAAAAAGCCACCACGGUGACAAUGGGGUGUCCAUAAAGAACCAUUUUGGUGACAAUGGGAUGUCCCCAAAAAGCCACCAUGGUGACAAUUGGAUGGCUGUGAAAGUCAUUGUGGUGGCAAUGGGAUGGUGUCCCCAAAAAGCCACCACGGUGACAAUUGGAUGGGCACAAAAAGAACCAUUUUGGUGACAACGGGGUGUCCCCAAGGGCCACCACAGUGACAAUGAGAUGAUGUCCCCAAGGGCCACCACAGUGACAAUUGGAUGACCAUGAAGGUCAUCGUGGUGACAUUGGGACGAUGUCCCCAAAAAGCCACCGGGGUGACAAUGGGGUGUCCAUAAAGAGCCAUUUUGGUGACAAUGGAAUGUCCCCAAGGAGCCACCACGGUGACAAUGGGGUGUCCAUAAAGAACCAUUUUGGUGACAGUGGAAUGAUGUCCCCAAAGGCCACCACAGUGACCAUGAGAUGUUCUCAAGCACCAAAUGGUGACAAUGGGACGGUGUCCCCAAAAAGCCACCACGGUGACAAUGGGGUGGCCCCAAAAGCCACCACAGUGACAAUGGGGUGGCCAUAAAGAGCCAUUUUGGUGACAAUGGGGUGUCCCCAAGGGCCACCACGGUGACCAUGAGAUGUUCUCAAAGGCCAAGUGGUGACAAUGGGACAAUGUCCCCAAAAAGCCACCACGGUGACCAUGAGAUGUCCCCAAAAAGCCACCGCGGUGACAAUUGGAUGGAACAAAAAGAACCAUUUUGGUGACAGUGAGAUGUCCCCAAGGGCCACCACAGUGACCAUGAGAUGAUGUCCCUAAAACGCCACCAUGGUGCCCAUGAGAUGUUCUCAAGGACCAAGUGGUGACAAUGGGACAGUGUCCCCAAAAAGCCACCACAGUGACCAUGGGGUGUCCAUAAAGAACCACCUUGGUGACAAUGGGGUGUCCCCAAGGAGCCACUGAGGUGACCAUGAGAUGUCCCCAAAAAGCCACCACAGUGACAUUGGAGUGUCCUCGAGGUGACAAUUGGAUGACCAUGAAGGUCAUCGUGGUGGCAAUGGGACAAUGUCCCCAAAAAGCCACCACGGUGACAAUGGGGCAUCCAUAAAGAGCCAUUUUGGUGACAAUGGGGUGUCCCCAAGGGCCACCACGGUGACCAUGAGAUGUCCCCAAAAAAGCCACUGCGGUGACAAUUGGAUGGCCGUGAAGGUCAUCGUGGUGACAAUGGGACAAUGUCCCCAAAAGCCACCACGGUGACAAUGGGGUGUCCAUAAAGAACCAUCAUGGUGACAAUGGGACAGUGUCCCCAAGGGCCACCACGGUGACCAUGAGAUGUUCUCAAAGGCCGAGUGGUGACAAUGGGACGAUGUCCCCAAAAAGCCACCAUGGUGACAAUGGGGUGUCCUCGAGGUGACAGUGGGGUGGCCCUGAGGGUCAUCGUGGUGACAAUGGGACAAUGUCCCCAAAAACCCACCACAGUGACACUGGAGUGUCCUCGAGGUGACAAUGGGGUGGCCCUGAGGGUCAUUGUGGUGAUAAUGGGACAAUGUCCCCAAAAAGCCACCAGGGUGACAAUGGGGUGUCCAUAAAGAACCACCUUGGUGACAAUGGGAUGAUGUCCCCAAAAAGCCACCACGGUGACACUGGAGUGUCCUCGAGGUGACAGUGGGGUGGCCCUGAGGGUCAUCGUGGUGACAAUGGGACGAUGUCCCCAAAAAGCCACCGGGGUGACCAUGGGGUGUCCAUAAAGAACCAUUUUGGUGACAAUGGGGUGUCCCCAAGGGCCACCGUGGUGACAGUGAGAUGUUCUCAAGCACCAAGUGGUGGCAAUGGGACAAUGUCCCCAAAAAGCCACCACGGUGACACUGGGGUGUCCAUAAAGAACCAUUUUGGUGACAAUGGGGUGUCCCCAAGGGCCACCGUGGUGACAAUGGGACGAUGUCCCCAAAAAGCCACCAUGGUGACACUGGAGUGUCCUCGAGGUGACAAUGGGGUGGCCCUGAGGGUCAUCGUGGUGACAAUGGGACGAUGUCCCCAAAAAGCCACCGCGGUGACAAUUGGAUGGACACAAAAAGAACCAUUUUGGUGACAAUGGGACGAUGUCCCCAAAAAGCCACCACAGUGACAAUGGGGUGUCCCCAAGGGCCACCACGGUGACCAUGAGAUGUUCUCAAGGACCAAGUGGUGACAAUGGGACAAUGUCCCCAAGAAGCCACCGGGGUGACACUGGGGUGUCCUCGAGGUGACAGUGGGGUGGCCCUGAGGGUCAUCGUGGUGACAAUGGGACGAUGUCCCCAAAGGCCACCACGGUGACAAUGGGGUGUCCAUAAAGAACCAUUUUGGUGACAA